CGGUUGCCGGGAGACGGCGCAGCCUCCGCGGGGCGGGAGCGCUUGGCGGCGGGUCGCGGUGGCUCUGGUCAGCCGGCGCCAUGGCGCCCAAGAAGAAAGGGAGGAAAGGCAAAGCCAAAGGCACUCCGAUUGUCGAUGGGCUGGCUCCGGAGGACAUGACCAAGGAGCAGGUGGAAGAGCAUGUCAACCGUAUCCGUGAGGAGCUGGACCGCGAGCGGGAAGAGCGCAACUACUUCCAGCUGGAGCGCGAUAAGAUCCACACAUUCUGGGAGAUCACACGGAGGCAACUGGAGGAGAAGAAGGCUGAGCUUCGAAACAAAGACCGGGAGAUGGAGGAAGCUGAGGAGAGGCACCAGGUGGAGAUCAAGGUGUACAAGCAGAAGGUGAAGCACCUGCUGUAUGAGCACCAGAACACCCUGACAGAGACGAAAGCUGAGGGCACUGUGGUCAUGAAGCUGGCUCAGAAGGAGCACCACUCGCAAGAGGACGCUCUGCGCAAGGACAUGAGGACACUGAAGGUGGAGUUGAAGGAGCAGGAACUGGCCAAUGAGGUGGUGGUGAAGAACCUGAGGCUGAAACAUGCCGAGGAGAUCACCAAGAUGCGGAAUGAGUUUGAGAGGCAAGUUCGAGAAAUCGAGGCCAAGUAUGAUAAAAAGAUGAAGGUGCUAAGGGAUGAGCUUGACCUGCGCAGAAAGACUGAGAUCCACGAGGUGGAGGAGAGGAAGAACGGCCAGAUCCACACGCUGAUGCGGCGUCAUGAGGAGGCCUUCGCUGACGUCAAGAACUACUACAACGACAUCACGCUCAACAACCUGGCCCUCAUCAGCGCCCUCAAGGAGCAGAUGGAGGACAUGCGGAAGAAGGAAGAACACCUGGAGAGGGAAAUGGCAGAGGUGUCUAUGCAGAACAGGCGUCUGGCAGACCCUCUGCAAAAGGCACGGGAGGAGAUGAACGAGAUGCAGAGGAAGCUUGGGAAGUAUGAGAGGGACAAGCAGAUCCUGGUGAGCACAACAGCACGUUUGAAGGUCACUGAGAAAGAGCUGAGAGACCUGCAGUGGGAGCACGAGGUGCUGGAGCAGCGGUUCAUCAAGGUACAGCAAGAGCGGGAUGAGCUCUACCAGAAGUUCACUGCAGCCAUCCAGGAGGUGCAGCAGAAGAUAGGCUUCAAGAACCUGGUGCUGGAACGCAAGCUGCAGACACUGAAUACUGCCAUGGAGAAGAGGGAGGUGCAAUUCAAUGAGGUGCUGGCGGCCUCCAACCUGGACCCUGCAGCAUUGACACUCGUGUCCCGCAAACUUGAGGAUGUUCUGGAGUCAAAGAAUAGUACCAUCAAGGACCUGCAGUAUGAGCUGGCCCGAGUCUGUAAGGCUCAUAAUGACCUCCUGCGCACAUACGAGGCAAAGCUGCUGGCCUUUGGAAUCCCUCUGGACAAUGUGGGCUUCAAGCCUCUGGAGACAGCGGUGAUUGGGCAGACACUGGGUCAGGGCCCUGCAGGACUUGUGGGUACCCCAACCUAGCUACAUGCUUGGGGCUGCAGCCCACAGAACUGAUUAGGGACACUCCCUAGGUGACUCCCUCUUUCCAGGCAGUAAGUUUUUAAAUUUUAGAUUAUCAUCAAUGAAUGAAAAUUUUUCCACA